AUCGCCAGCAAAUGGCGAUGUCUCUGUCGCAUGCUUUAAACCGAUUUAAACUUCGCUUUAGUCCUGAGAAGUUGGACACCAUGAUUAUUCAGGCUGUCGCGUUGCUUGAGGAGUUAGAUAGAGAAUUAAAUAACUUCUCAAUGCGAUUAAAAGAGUGGUACGGCUGGCACUUCCCCGAGUUGUCGAAGACAGUCGGAGACAGUCUCCUUUAUGCAAAGGUUAUAUGCGCGGAGGUUCGUUUGAGCGCGGAGACAUCGAUGGGCACGGAGAUGACUGAAGAAGAUUUUUUACAUAUCUCUGCUCUAGCAAUGAGAGUUGAAGAGCUAACAGAGUAUAGGACAAAUCUGGCCGAGUAUCUUAAAUUAAGAAUGAGAGCUGUGGCUCCUAAUCUAACGCAUAUGGUCGGGGAGGUGAUAGGUGCGCGUUUGCUUGCACACUGCGGCAGUCUGCUGUCUCUGUCGAAGCAGCCAGCGUCUACAAUACAAAUAUUAGGGGCUGAGAAGGCUUUGUUUAGAGCGCUGAAGACAAAAAGUAAUACACCGAAGUAUGGUAUUAUCUAUCAUGCUGCUAUUGUAGGACAGGCCACACCCAAGCUUAAAGGAAAGAUAUCGCGAGUGCUGGCGGCGAAGUUGUCUCUGUGUGUGCGAGUGGAUGCCUUGACUGAAGCCGCAGAGGCAGCAGCAGCAGCAGCAGCAACAGAUGGAGCAGCAGCAACAGAUGGAGCAGCAGCAGCAGCACUUCAGGGCCCUGCUGAGCCCACAGUUGCUGUUGCAUGCAGACGCUAUGUAGAGAAUCGCUUAGAGCAGCUGGAGCAGCAGCUGGCAGGCAGCGGCCCUCGCCCCGCGUCUAAACCCCAGCUCCAACGCUACACCCCACAUAGAGACCUAAACGGCAGUGCUACGAAGUAUGAUGUCUCUACAGAUGCUGUCGGUACACCGCAGCUGAAGCAAAAGCGUGUGCAGAGUGCAGACAGUGCAGCGGAGACAGCAGAGGAGCCGAAGAAGAAGAAGAAAAUAAAAACAGAGACGCAUGCAUAA